AUGACGGACUCCAAGUAUUUCACAACAAAUAAAAAAGGGGAGAUUUUUGAGCUCAAGGCCGAGCUCAACAAUGAGAAGAAGGAGAAGCGAAAGGAAGCCGUCAAAAAGGUCAUUGCUGCCAUGACUGUUGGCAAGGAUGUCAGCUCUUUGUUCCCAGAUGUGGUCAAUUGCAUGCAGACCGACAACCUAGAGCUGAAGAAGUUGGUGUACCUCUACUUGAUGAACUAUGCAAAGAACCAGCCGGACAUGGCCAUCAUGGCUGUCAACAGUUUUGUCAAGGACUGUGAGGACCCUAACCCCCUUAUCCGGGCCUUAGCAGUCCGAACAAUGGGCUGCAUCCGUGUUGACAAAAUUACCGAGUACCUUUGCGAGCCUCUGAGAAAAUGCCUGAAGGACGAAGACCCGUACGUGAGGAAGACAGCGGCGGUGUGUGUGGCCAAACUUCACGACAUCAACGCCCAGAUGGUGGAGGACCAGGGCUUCUUGGACUCGCUGAGGGAUCUCAUCGCCGACUCCAAUCCCAUGGUUGUCGCUAACGCUGUAGCCGCUUUGUCAGAGAUCAGCGAGUCUCACCCCAACAGCAACCUGCUGGACCUCAACCCCCAGAACAUCAACAAGCUUCUGACGGCCCUCAACGAGUGCACCGAAUGGGGCCAGAUCUUCAUCUUGGACUGCCUAUCCAACUACAACCCCAAAGACGAGCGUGAAGCCCAAAGCAUUUGCGAGCGCGUCACUCCGCGGCUGUCGCACGCCAACUCUGCGGUAGUCCUUUCUGCCGUAAAGGUUCUGAUGAAGUUCUUGGAGCUUUUGCCAAAAGACUCUGACUAUUACAACACCCUGCUGAAGAAGUUGUCGCCGCCGCUCGUUACCUUGCUCUCCGGUGAGCCGGAGGUCCAAUAUGUGGCUCUGAGGAACAUCAACCUCAUAGUUCAGAAAAGGCCUGAGAUCCUCAAGCAGGAAAUUAAAGUGUUCUUUGUCAAGUACAAUGACCCCAUUUACGUAAAGCUGGAGAAACUGGACAUCAUGAUCCGCUUGGCUUCUCAGGCAAACAUUGCUCAGGUACUGGCUGAGUUGAAGGAGUAUGCUACAGAGGUGGACGUUGACUUUGUGCGCAAGGCUGUCCGUGCCAUUGGUCGUUGUGCGAUUAAAGUAGAGCAAUCGGCAGAACGCUGCGUCAGCACCUUGCUAGACCUAAUCCAGACCAAAGUCAACUAUGUCGUGCAGGAGGCCAUCGUGGUCAUCAGAGACAUCUUUCGCAAGUACCCCAACAAGUACGAGAGCAUCAUUGCCACCCUGUGUGAGAAUCUGGACUCCCUGGAUGAGCCCGACGCUCGUGCCGCCAUGAUCUGGAUCGUGGGCGAGUACGCCGAAAGGAUCGACAAUGCAGAUGAACUGCUGGAGAGCUUCCUCGAGGGCUUCCAUGAUGAGAGCACCCAGGUGCAGCUGACUCUGCUGACCGCCAUUGUCAAGCUCUUCUUGAAAAAGCCAUCUGAGACGCAAGAGUUGGUGCAGCAGGUCCUUAGCCUGGCCACACAGGACUCGGACAACCCGGACCUGCGCGACAGGGGCUACAUCUAUUGGCGCCUGUUGUCCACAGACCCGGUAACCGCUAAGGAGGUGGUACUGUCCGAGAAGCCCCUCAUCUCCGAAGAGACGGAUCUGAUAGAGCCCACCCUGCUGGAUGAGCUUAUCUGCCACAUUGGCUCACUGGCGUCUGUCUAUCACAAGCCACCCAGCGCCUUUGUGGAGGGCAGCCACGGAAUCCACCGCAAACACCUCCCUGUCCAACAUAGCAGCAUUGAGACAGGAGAGAGUCCGGUGAGUGGCGGCCCAGCAGCUGCUAUGGACCAGCCGCAUGUCAUCCCAAGCCAGGGCGAUCUACUCGGCGACCUUCUCAACCUGGACUUGGGUCCACCGGUCAAUGUUCCUCAGGUGUCCUCCAUGCAGAUGGGUGCCGUGGACCUUCUGGGGGGUGGCCUGGACAGCUUGCUGGGGGGAGACCUGGGCGGCGGUGUUGGGGGAAGUCCAGCUGUUGGGCAAAAUUUUAUCCCUUCGUCCGUCCCGAGCACUUUUGCUCCGUCGCCAACUCCUGCGCCUCCGGCUGUCAGCAGCAGCGGCCUGAACGACCUUUUCGAACUCUCCACAGGAAUGGCCAUCACAUCUGGAGGCUAUGUAGCCCCGAAAGCUGUGUGGCUGCCUGCAGUUAAAGCCAAAGGAUUGGAGAUCUCUGGAACUUUCUCUCGUCGCCAGGGCCACAUGUACAUGGACAUGACAUUCACGAACAAGGCCCUGCAGCACAUGACCGACUUUGCUAUUCAGUUCAACAAAAACAGCUUUGGGAUGAUCCCAACCAGCCCACUGCCCAUGCAUACUCCACUGAUGCCCAGCCAGGCCAUUGAUGUUUCUUUGCCCAUAAACACCAUUGGGCCAGUCAUGAAGAUGGACCCCCUUAACAAUCUUCAGGUUGCUGUGAAGAACAACAUAGAUGUUUUCUACUACAGCGUCCUCAUCCCUCUCAACAUAUUCUUUGUUGAAGAUGGAAAAAUGGAACGACAGGUGUUCCUUGCUACCUGGAAAGACAUUCCCAAUGAAAAUGAACUACAGUAUCAGAUAAAGGAGUGCCACUUAAAUGCUGACACAGUGUCUGGCAAACUGCAGAAUAACAACAUCUACACCAUUGCCAAGAGGAAUGUGGAGGGUCAGGACAUGCUCUACCAGUCCCUCAAACUCACCAACGGUAUUUGGAUCCUGGCUGAGCUGCGCAUCCAGCCGGGCAACCCCAACUACACGCUGUCUCUCAAGUGUCGGGCCCCUGAGGUCUCUCAGUAUGUGUACCAGACAUACGACGCCGUGCUGAAGAACUGA